AUGUCUUCGAACAAGGUGCCUUCCUUCGCAGUGGAAGUCGGGGCAGCCCUCCAAGACUCCACACUCUCACCGGAGCAAAUCGCCGACCGGAUUGUAUCCCUAUGUCGGAGAGCAGUGCGAGAAUCGCCAGAGACACCACAAGGGGACGAUAAUACAGACUCACCCGGGCUGGAGACGUUCCUCUGGCAGGUCUGGGGAGCCCUCAUCACGCUCGCCGAAGAAGAUUCAUCUUAUCACGACCGCCUCGCCAGUAUCCUCUGCGAAAUUAAGUCCCGAGGUCGGGAGGAUUGGGCACUUUGGGACACUCCCUUCGACUGGGCGAACCUCCCUGUCUUCGGGUUUUGCGCCCGAGAGAACAUGAAUGGUCCUCAGCCUGACGGCCAGAACGGAAGGACCGUCGCGCGCGACCCCGAGUAUCUCGCGGCUCUCUCUGGGGCCCCGCCUGUCGACUCAGCCGCAUCGCGCACGGGCGCCCAUGCACGGCUUAAAUGGCUGAACAUGAACGCCUUCCUGGCGCGCCUCUGGGUGCUCGAUGUCUGGGACUGCGCAUUCUAUGGGAUCUCAACGAUGCGCAUGUCGCUAGAGCCACACUCGCUGCCUUCGGACUCCAGUCAGUCUCACGUUGGUCAACCCAGUGUCGAGCUCGACCUUGAGGUCGCGGCGCUCUGGGUGCGCGUUGCGGGGAAGCGCAUGUUCGAAUGUCGCGAGAUACUGGGACCGAAGGGGAACCUGGAUUGGCCUCCAAACCGGGGCUGUCCAGGGGGCAGUGGAGGGACCUGGGAUGGCGUGGAUGGCUAUCAUCCGGAGCGCUGGCAGCACUGGAAGGCUAUUUUCCGCGAUAUCAGUCAAGGUCAGUGGAGGAGGAACGUGAUCGAUGCGGCGAAGGCAGCGGUUGAGGUCAUGGAACAAAUCGAGCAAGAGGCCGUCGCGGCUUCGUAACCAGAUAUCUCAGAUUCUCUCAUUCGCAUUACUCGAAAUCCUGAAGCUUACUGAAUCUUCCAACAAUACCUGCC